AUGGUGAGUAGAUCAUCUACUAGAUUCUUGAAUAUUUGUAUAGCAUCUUUUUGCAAAGCCAAGCAUUUACAAAGAGCAGAAACUGUGAUUAUUGAUGGUAUAAGACUAGGUGUUUUGCCUGAUGUUGUUACUUACAAUACCCUGAUUCAUGCUUACUCUCGAUUUGUUAGUUAUGAUGCUGCUUAUUCAGUUCUUGAUAGAAUGAAAGAAGCUUGUAUAAAUCCUGACAUUGUUACUUAUAAUUCUUUGAUUGCCGGUGCUAUGAGGCAUUGUUUGAUGUCGAAAUGUGUGGAAUUGUUUGACGAAAUGCUUGAGUUGGGAAUAAAACCUGAUAUUUGGAGUUAUAAUACUUUGAUGCAUUGUUUUUUUAAGCUAGGAAGACCUGAUGACGCGAAUCGGGUUCUUACAGAUAUUAUAUUUCGUUAUUUAUCACCUUCUCCAGCAACGUUUAAUACCAUGCUUAAUGGGCUUUGCAAGAACGGUUAUGUGGAGAACGCACUUAUGUUGUUUAGGAAUUUAAAGAUACAUGGGUUUGUUCCUUCAUUGGUUACUUAUAAUAUUCUUAUUAACGGGUUGUGUAAAGCUUGGAGAUUGAAGACAGCUAGGUGGUUGCUCAAGGAGCUUGGUGCAUCUGGACUUGUUCCGAAUGUUAUAACGUAUACUACGGUCAUGAGAUGUUGCUUUAGAUCUAGGAGGUUUGAACAAGGGUUUGAGAUAUUUGAAGAGAUGAUUGAUAAGGGGCAUACCUUUGAUGGUUUUGCAUAUUGCACAGUUGUUGGUGCUUUGGUCAAGACUGGUAGGAUUGAAGAAGCAAGUCAUUAUAUGGAACGGAUGGUGAACACUGGUAUUGGUCUUGAUAUGGCAUCUUAUAAUACACUAAUUAAUUUGUAUUGUAAAGGUGGUAAGUUGGAAGUGGCACAUGAAGUACUUGAUGAGAUGGAAAAGGAAGGUUUGGAAUGUGAUGAGUACACACACACAAUUCUGAUGUAUGGGUUUUGCAAGGAAGGUGAUGUUGCUAGGGCCAUGGAGUAUAUGAAUGCAGUGGGUAUCAAUUCAAACUUGGUUGCUUUAAACACCAUGGUUGAUGGGUGGUGUAAAGCAGAUAGAAUUGAUUAUGCUUUGAAAAUCUUUGAUUCAAUGGAUACAAGGGAUUCUUUUACCUACUCCUCCUUGAUUCACAAUCUUUGCAAGGUUGGAAGGUUCCGUUGUGCAUCCAAGCUCUUGCUCUCUUGUUUAAGAAUUGGCACGAGAAUACUCCCAUCUGCUAAGCGUGCGGUUUUUGAUUGUCUUCGUCAUUCUGGUCAUCAUAGAGAAGCAAAGAGACUUAAAUCAGAAAUUAAGUUGGCUCUUUCUGCAGUUUUUUAG